AUGAGUGCCAAAGUGAACAUGGAGGCUCAACCGAAAGAAGAGCACAGAUCUGUGGAUGCGUCGUCCUCGUCCCCCACUGAGACCGUUCUCAUCUGUGGGAAUGAUGGUGUGGCUAAGAAGCCUCAGCCUCAGCCCCACACCACCACAGCUCUACUCCUUCAAGCUCCUGCUCUUAGUCAUCAGAAGGUGGAGGUGACUCCAACUGUUGCUGUGGGAGACCUAGGUAAAGGAGUCAGGGCCAAUCAGAUGGCUCUGCCUACCCUUACAGCACAAGUGGGUGGGGCUUGUAGCAUCGUCCAUGUCCUGGAAUGGAAGGAGGGGAUGGCGAUCCUGCCUAGCAGCAACCUCAAGUUCUGUGUGAGUGACGUAGGAACGCUGAGCACACUGAUGACCACAGGGCCGACCAGCAGCACAGCCGAAUUAGCAGCAGGGACUUCUGGGAGAUCCGCCGAUGCAGAAGGGGCUCCAGCAGACAAGCCAGAUGUGUCAGUCCCUGUAGGCCCAGUGCGAGGUGCAGCUGUGGAGCCGGCGAGGUUGGUUUCCAUCAAACCUGAAGUUCAGGUCGGACUGGGACAACUUAACAUUGAUCCCAGAGCGCAGAGGCCUUACACAGAGGAGCUACGAAGAGAGCCCAUCACUGACAGGAGGAGCGUUGGCGUGGAGAAAGUGCCGGCAGGUGGCAGAGUGUCCUCCCUUAACCCUGAUCACCUGAAACCCAUGAGGAAGAGGAAGAGGAAGGAGUACCUUAGUCCCUCUGAGGAAGACUCCGACAUGGAGGGCACGGAUGAGAAAAUGGAUGACUCUAAAGCAGACAGUCGACACAUAAGAGCAGCUGGAGACACUAAGACUGAGCAGUGGACGUGGGCUCUGUAUCUGGAGGAAACCAAAGCAGUUUUUUCUCCCAACAAGCUUUUCCAAGAGUCUCAGAGAGUGCCGACAGUGAAGAACGGCUUUAAACAGGGGAUGAAGCUGGAAGGCAUCGACCCGCAGCAUCCGUCCAUGUACUUUGUCCUCACUGUGGCCGAGGUCUGUGGUUACCGGUUGCGGCUCCAUUUUGAUGGCUACUCCGACUGUCACGACUUCUGGGUGAAUGCAAACUCUCCCGACAUCCACCCUGCAGGCUGGUGUGAGAGCACAGGACACAAACUGCACACUCCCAAAGGCUGUAAAGAGGAGGAGUUUACCUGGACCAACUACCUGAGAAUGACUAAAGCACAAUUGGCUACCAAAGAGUUGUUUGCCAGUCCGGGCAGGAUUGACGUGAAGUGCAGCUUCGACAUAGGCAUGAAGCUGGAGGCUGUCGACCGCAUGAACCCCUCCCUCAUCUGUGUAGCAACUGUCACUGACAUGGUGGACUAUCGUUUCCUGGUUCAUUUUGACAACUGGGAUGACACAUAUGACUACUGGUGUGAUGCUAGCAGUCCGUACAUUCAUCCGAUUGGUUGGUGCCAGGAGAGGGACCUGCCCCUAACCCCACCCCAAGAUUACCCAGACCAGGCCCGUUUCUCCUGGUCCCACUACCUGGAGGAGACUGGUGCUAAGGCUGUGGCUGCUGAAGCCUUUAAAGUGCGUGUGGCCCACAGCUUCCAACCUCAGAUGAAACUGGAGGCCGUGGACAAGCGAAGUCCUGGUCUGAUCAGAGUAGCCACAGUGGAGGAGGUCGAGACGCACCGCAUUAAGGUCCAUUAUGACGGCUGGAGUCACGUCUAUGAUGAGUGGAUGGACUCAGAUCACCCAGACAUACAUCCAGCAGGCUGGUGUGAAGCAACCGGUCACCCACUGAAAAUUCCCCCACAGGACUCCAAAACACAGGAGCCACACGGUGUGAGGGAGCCUCCUGCCAUCGGUCAGUCUGUCUACCCGUCCUCUGUUCCCUGCAAACCCAUCAGCCACCCCCGAUCCAACAAGUACAGCUUCCACAACAGGAAGUGUCCGACUCCAGGUUGUGACGGCUCAGGCCAUGUGACCGGUCGUUUCACUGCUCAUCACUGCAUAUCUGGCUGCCCGCUGGCUGAGCGUAACCAGGGCAGGCUGAAGGCUGAGCUGUCGGACUCGGAAUGCAAGAGGAACCUCUUCUUUGGCCAGAGGACCAAGAAGACCCAUUACCGUGGCAGGAUCGGUCGUCCUCCCAAAUACAGGAAGAACCAGCAGAGAGACUACCAGAACAUGUCCUCAGAAGUGUAUCCGUCCCUGUUCAUGUCGGCGCUGGGCGGCCAGUCAGACAGGACUCUGUCUCUGUGCUGGGAGCAGCACUGUAAACUGCUGCCUGGCGUUCAGGGCAUUCAUGCGAGCCAGGUGGCGGCAUGGAACGUCGAAGAGGUCUCCAGUUUUGUCCAGAAUCUAAUCGGCUGUGAAGAACAAGCUCGUGUGUUUAAAGACGAGAUGAUUGACGGGGAGGCCUUCCUGCUGCUCACCCAGACCGACAUUGUGAAGAUCAUGAGCAUCAAGCUUGGCCCCGCCCUCAAGAUCUCCAACGCCAUCCUCAUGUUCAAGAGCACAGACGAGGGACUCAAGUGAUCCCCCCCCCACUCAUUGGGGGGGUGGGACCACUAAUCAU